AUGUUUCCCGAAUGGGUGUCAUGCUUUUACGAUCAUCACCUUUCCCCUUCCUUUCCUUCCACUCCAAUAGUCAAUCCGAAGGUCGAACUCAGCCUUACAGCGCUCGCCGAUCCUCCGUCUACAUUUUCCACGCUAUCGCCUGCAGAUGUCGAGACUAUCGUCUAUCCUGGACCUGCCCUGGAUGGAGGAUCUGACUUUUUGCUCUUUGAAGCUGGGCAGCGGCUGGGGACGUUUGAUGAGAUGAGGCGGAAGGCGCUCUUUGGCCCGGGUCGAGACGUCCUCCAGAGCUCCUCUGCCGUUACUGGAAUGUCAGAGACGGGGCGGAGCGCUGGUGAUUGGUGGAAGAGCGUCGAGGUCAGGGUUAUAUGGUGUGACCGCAGUAUUUGGCCGGUACUAUGGGGCAUCCAAGCGUUGCAUCGGGAGCUAGAGGAUGCGAAGGCGGCUCAUAAAGUGCGAGUUGGACGGGUGAAUAUAGUGAGAAUUAAGGGAGCGAACCAUUACCCACAUUGGGAAGAACCUGAGCAAACGCUGCGCGUCCUCUUGUCUGAAGAUGGUGCAGAGGAGGAAGACGCACAAGCUGCUAAAUUGUAA